ACUGUGUUUGCUGCGAUGUCGAAGAACGAUUCGACUUCGAAAGGCUUGGGAAUCGGCGCCGCCGGCUCCAUGGAGGAGCUGAAGAAGAUCUUCAACAAGUUCGACAAGAACGGAGACGGCAGGAUCUCCUGCGACGAGCUCAGGGGCAUUUUCGGCGAGCUCGGCUCCGAGACGGCCUCCCUGGAGGAGGUGCAGCGCAUUAUGGCGGAGUUCGACAAGGACGACGACGGCCACAUUGACAUCGCGGAGUUCGCCGAGAUCAUCAAUGGCGGAUCCACCAAGGAGCUUCGCGACGCGUUCGACCUAUACGAUCUUGACAAGAACGGGCUGAUCUCCAAAAGUGAGCUGCACGAGGUGCUGAAGCGGCUGGGGCAGAAGUGCUCGCUCAAGGAGUGCGCGAAGAUGAUCGGCUCCGUCGACGCCGACGGCGAUGGCCACGUCAACUUCGCCGAGUUCAAGAAGAUGAUGACUCGAAACUAAAAGCGAUCGAAGCGAUCGGAUUGAUAUAUUGUGCAAGUGGGUGGCCGUAACAAAAGGUUGGGUGGCGUUAAUGAUAAUUGGAAGGCGUUGUCGUGUUUGGGAGGCGAGUGGUCGUUGUACCGAAUAUAAUACGCAUAUGGUCAUGUGGUCAUAGCUGACCUCAACGCGGAAUUGGGCUUCUGAUGCUGGUCCCAUGGAUGGUGGAUACUGGAUGUCGUGACCGUUCGAUUGAAGACACAAAUCGUGCUUUAUGUGUGCUUUUUGGUUGCUCUGUACUUCUUCUCGUCCUAUUUAUCUUGUUGUUCGGACUCAAGAAUUUUUUCUAAACGAAUAAUUAAUUACAUUUUUUAUAACUUUUUGUUAAAAA